AUGUCUUUACCAACUCAUUUGAUGUUAUUGUUAACGUUCUUCAUGUCAAAUGCAUAUGCAAUCGAGAAACUUGAAAUUGAUAUUGAAGCAUCCGGAAUAUGGGUUACAUCCUUUCAAGCUUCUAAAAUCUAUGGCUCAUUGUUAGCAGCAGGUUUAUUAACAUUUGAUUUGCUUUUAAUACUGUUUGGAGCUCUGGUACUAAGGAGGAUCACUCAACGUCAUGGAAUGAACAAAAGUUGUACUUUUUAUGAUAUCGAUUCGAGUGAUUCGAGUGAUUCGAAUGAUUCGACGGACUCGGUUAAAAUUAAUCCUUCACUGGAUAAUUACAAUGAUCAAGGUCGAGAAACUUUUGAGGAAUACUUUGAUGAAUUUGAUAGCGAUGUUGAGGUUGAUAAAACCGAAAAUUUUAUUGACGAAUAUCAUGAAUAUCAUGAAGAAUAUAUACCACAAGACAACUCGAUUAGAACAAUUCAAUUACCGAUCUCUCACAUAAACUCAAGAUCAAAAGGUUCUUUAGUAUCACGAAAUGGCUCGAGUUCACCUUCUUUCUCGUACAGUUCGACUCAAGUAUCGAUUCCACGAACGAUGACUCAGAGAUCGUCUUUACACUCCAACUCUACAAGUCCGCGGAUUAGCUCAAUUAGAUCAAUACCUAUUUCAUCUUCUAUCUCUCACACUAACUCAACAAUACCGCGAAUGCCACGAAUGGCGGCUCAGAUACCAUCUUUACACUCCAACUUUACAGUUCCGCGCGUUAACUCGAUUAGAAAAAUGCCGAUUUCAUCCACCAACUCAACAAACAACUCAACAAUACCACGAAUUGGGACAGCACGAACCGGCUCGAUUUCAUCCUCUAACUCGUACGGUUCGACUCAAGUAUCGAUGCCACGAACGAUAGUCCAAAGAUCACCUUUACACUCCAACUCAACAAUUCCGCGGGUUAACUCGAUUAGAACGAUACCGAAUUCGCCCAUUAACUCAGCAAUGCCACGAAACGAGACGAUUCGGAGAACUAGAUCAGUUCAAUUACCAGCUCCUGUUGCGCGUAUUGAACGUGGUACUGAGAAAAGAAAAUUUUAUUAUUCCUACAUAUAA